AUGGACUUCUUCUAUCCACAAUCAUAUCAACAACCAAGACGUUCAACUCAAGCUAGAGGACAUCCAGCUUCGGGUAACUCGAGACAUUAUUAUGGUGGUGGUUCACCAUUCGAGGAACUAUUCUAUGGUUCCCAACCACAACAACAACAGUUACAUCAACGUGAACUACAACAACAAAGAUAUCAACAACAACUUAGACAACAACAGAUGGAGGAGGAAGAGGAGGAGUUGAGACAGAGAGAGUAUUAUGCCGAGCAGCUCAGACAACAGAAGCAACAGCAACAGCGUGAGCAACAGAGGCUUAGACAACAACAAAUACUCCAACAAGAGCAACUAAAGAAGAGGUUACAGCAGCAGGAGUUGCAGAGACAACAACAGUUGCAGCAUGAGCAAAAGAUUAAAGAGGAGUUGCGCCAAGAAGAGGAGAGACAGAAGAUGUUGAAGCAGCAAGAGUUCAAGCCAGUCAUCGAUAUCAAGGAGAAGGGUCUAUCUGCUGUUAUUAUUAGAUUAGAGUUGCCAGGUUUCAAGAGAGAGGACAUUGAGAUAUAUGUAAACAAUCUCAACCUAAGUGUGGCUGGCGUUAGGAAGGAGCCAACAGUGCCAAAGGAGGAGACCGCAUACUUUGAGGAGAUCGAGGAUGAGGAGAUUGAUUAUGUAAACUCAACUGGAUCACCAGUACCAUCAAAGAGAACAGCCACCCCAACACCAUCCAAUGACAAGCUCAAGAAACAGAACAACUCAAUGGUCACCAAGACCAACCAGGCUGCCAAGUUCCACGAGACCUUCCAACUGUCCAAGGAUUUGGAUCUCUCGACAAUCAAUGCCAAGCAAGAAGAUGGAGUGUUAACAAUCACAAUCAACCGAAAGCAAGCUUUGAAGCCAUCAUUCAAGGUCAAUGUUCUGUAA